AUGUGUGUUUAUCGACGUCUUUUUGUUUUGGUGCGAGAGAGACGUACUCGCAAGAUCUUCGUCGGUGCCCCGCGUAUUGCAGGAACGGCCCUUGUGCGUUGGGUAGUGGCGGACCAAAGGCCGAGUACUGGGAACAGUGACCUUUGGUCAGGCCGCCGCGUGCGUCUACGAGUAUCUAAACAACAGGAUAUCGAAACGCGGGUGGGUGAGCGCGCACAUUGCGCAGAUACGUUUCAUGAGGCGACCAGAGGGCCCGAACAGGAAGGGCGAGGGAGACACACACAGAGAACGGAAGACGUGAAAGAGAGAGAGACACUCGAGUUGAUUCGUCAUUUUAUCAGUUUAUACGCUUCUAAUGCCAGCACGGGGACGUCGUACCGCGUCCCUGGUUUCUGUUCUGACGCGUCGUUGGUCGCUCGCGUGAUGGCUUACCACCCCUUUUCCUAG